AUGGAGGAUCAAUUGAAGAAAUUGAUAGAAGGAGAUGAAAUGAGAAAAUUUAGUGACUAUUUUCAGUAUAAGGAAACGAUUGGACAAGGUGCAUUUGGUAUUGUUGUUAAAGCAGUUAACUUGACUACCUAAUAAGAAGUGGCAAUAAAAGUAUGUUCUGCCAAACUAUUUUAAUAGAUAAUAAAGAAGAAAUUAGUGAAUCGAUAUGAUUAAUUGAAAUAAGAAUCAUCUAUCUUGGCUAGUUUAAGACAUGAGAAUAUUGUAAAAUUUAUAGAUGUUAAGGAAACUGACACUAGAAUUUUAAUUAUAAUGGAACUUAUAUAAGGAGGUAUAUAUAAGUAUAAAAUUAUAGGUUCUUUAGAAGAUUUAAUGUAGAAGUUGCAUAAGAAUGGUAAAUGGUUUACAGAGGAACAAUGCAAAACAAUUAUUAGGAAUAUCUUAUAAGCCUUAGCAUAUAUGCAUAAGAAUAAUGUUGUUCAUAGAGAUUUAAAGCCAGAGAAUAUUCUAGUCAAUGAAGACUUAAAUUGUGUUAAGCUAAGUGAUUUUGGGUUGAGUUCUGUUUAAAAUUAAUUAAUGACUAAAUAAUGUGGAACUCUAAUUUUCAUGGCACCAGAACUUUUAAUGAAUAAAAUCUAUAGCAAAGUAUUUAUUAAAUGUAGAUAUUUAGAAUGUAGAUAUUUGGGGAGUUGGUGUUAUUAUGUUUAUGUUACUUAAUAAUGGGUAGCAUCCAUAUUAUAAUUAAGGAGACACUCUUGAAUAGAUUUUACAAAAGACUAAAGUGAUGCAUGAGCAAGGCAAUCUUACUUAGUAACAAUUUAAAAUGAUAUAAGAAUUUUAGAUUGUAAUAUAGUCUAUUUAAAAAAUUAACUGAAUUAGACUAAACCAAAAGAUAUAGAGCUGAUUAGGGAUUGCUUCAUCCUUGGUUGAAUGAUUAGAAUGAUGUUGAAGUGCCUUAAACAAUGGAGGAAAUCUUUCACACUUGGAUUUAAUAGUAGAAACUUCUUAAUCUAAUUAAAUCAGUAAUGUUUUUAUCAAAAUUGGGUUAUAUGAAGAAAUUAGAAAAUAGAGAAAUUUGUAAUAAAUAUUCAGAGUAAAAGUCUAAAUUAAAGGAAGAUAAGAAUAAAAAAGAAGGGAAAUUAACUAUCAAUAAAGAAUUUUAUGAUGAAUUGUUUGAGGAUUAUUAGAAGACUUUAACUGAAUAAUAGAAAAGAUUAGUUCAAAUAAGUAAAUUACAAUUAAAUAUUGUUAGCACAUAAAAUUGAGAGUGAAAAAUAAAUUAAAUAAUAAGUGUAAAGUCAAUAAUUAUCAACAGUUUAAGCUAAAUUAUAAUUCAUAAUUAGAACAAGAAAACCUUCCACAAGUUCGAAGAAUAUGGAAGAACCAAUUAAUGAUUUUGAUAAUGAAGAAAUUAAAUUAGAGAUGAAUGAAUCUUAAACUGAUAUGAUUUAACAAGAUAAUGAAUUGUAAAAUGAUUAAAGUGUAUUUGAAAAAUCAGAUCAAAAUAUAUCUAUGAAAAUAAGUACAAAUAUCAAAUCUCCAAAAAAGAAAAGAAAAUCUCCACUUAAAACUUAAACUAAAUUGUAUAUCUAAAAAAAUGAUAGUCUUAAUAAUUCUCAAUAAGGAAUCAAAGAAAAACCUAGUAAUUCAUAAGUUCCUAGUCCUACAAAACUUAUUAAUAAUAGCGUAGUUAAUAGUAAUAAUACAACUAAACAUUAAAUUAAAUUAAAACCUUUAUAAAAUUCAACUGAUCCUCAAAAAGAAAUUAUAACUAAUAAUACAAUCCUGAAUCAAAAUCAAAUCAGUUAUGAACCUAAUUUUAGAUCAGUUAUUAGACCUAUUAGAUAAACACAUGUUCCAAGAUUAUCUAGAUUAAGUGUAGAUAGAGAUUAAGUUUAACCUACAGUUUUAGAUCUAUCUAGUAUGGCUAUGGGUGGAUUUAGUCCUGUUCAUAGUAAUUAAUUUUUAUUUCCUACAAAAAUCCAAAAUUAUUGUACAUAAAAGAGAGCAUAUUAAAAUGAGUUUCAUCCUUCAAAAGUACUUACAUCUUUGGCAUCAAAAAAAUCAAAUGAUCAUUAUAAUUUUAUUAAUGGUGGGCCUAAAUGA